UAAUCCAAUGAAUGUUGCUAGGAGACUUGAAGUCCUGGCAGGACCUCUCAUAGCAGACUGACUUGAAGUGAGGAUUCAAACUAAAAGCAGUCCUACUUUAAACCAGAGAAGAUUACUAUAGCUAGCAGCAAUGUCAUAGUAGCACACCAUCAGCUGUCUGCCAUCUUUAGCCAACUUGAUUGUAAGUAAACAGGCAGAUUUAUUUGACAGAAUGACAGUAAAUCAGCCUAAUCAGGCAUAUAGAGGAAUGAGGCUAUUUGGGAUGACUUCUUGGAAACAAAGUUUUGCAUCAUCUUGGCUAUUGAGGUUCAGCAUCUUCCUGCUCCUUAGCCUUCCUGAUUCAGAAGGAAAAGCUAUAUGGACUGCCCAUUUGAACAUAACAUUUCAGGUGGGAAAUCGAAUCAUAUCAGAAUUAGGGGAAACUGGAGUAUUUGGAAAUCAUUCUCCUCUGGAAAAGGUGGCUGGUGUGGUAGUACUUCCUGAGGGUUGGAAUCAGAAUGCUUGUAACCCCAUGACCAAUUUCAGCAGGCCUGAACCCACAGAAUCCUGGCUGGCCCUCAUUGAACGGGGAGGCUGCACCUUUACCCACAAGAUAAAGGUGGCAGCUGAAAAGGGAGCAAAUGGAGUGAUCAUCUAUAACUACCCAGGUACUGGAAACAAGGUGUUUCCCAUGUCUCACCAAGGGACAGGAACCGUCGUUGCAGUGAUGAUCGGCAACCUGAAAGGCAUGGAGCUUUUCCACUUGAUUCAGAAGGGAGUCCAUGUGACCAUUAUCAUUGAAGUAGGGAGAAGACACAUACCCUGGCUGAAUCAUCACAUCAUGUCUUUGUUUACCUUUAUGGCUGCCACUGUUGCCUGUUUCUUUUUGUAUUGUGCCCGGAGGCCCAGAAUACCCAGCGCUGCCACCAGGAGACGCCGGCAGAUUAAAGCAGAUGUCAAAAAAGCCAUCGGCGAGUUGGAACUGCGUGUGUUAAAGGAAGGGGACAAAGAAGUUGAUCCCAAUGGAGACAGCUGUGUUGUGUGCUUUGACAUAUACAAACCCAAGGAUACAGUGCGCAUUUUAACUUGCAAGCAUCUUUUCCACAAGGCAUGCAUUGAUCCCUGGCUUUUAGCCCAUAGGACAUGCCCCAUGUGCAAAUGUGACAUUCUUAAAGUGUAAGGAACUAAGGGAACAUUCCAGUGAUGAAACUUGAAUCUUACAAAAUCUAGUAUUGAAUGAAUUAUUGUUUCACUUCAACUAGAGAGACGGAUGAAUUCCUUAUAAACUAAGACCAUGCUUCACUAAAAAGUUAGUCAAAUUUGUGUGUGUUCAUUUUUUUUGUUCAUCUUGAUAACAUAAAACUCCAUAGAAAAGGAUCAAAACUCAUGUGUGAUGAUGGUCUUCAUUUUGUAAUAAAGCCCUAAAACAUG